AUAGUAAGUAGGGCAAUAGUAAGUUAGCUAUCAUUCACCACCUCUUGUAGGACAAAACUAUAUUUUUUAAAAUAACACAUUUCAAUUCUAUGUACACAAUGGAUUUAAUAGCUAUUUUAUGUACGUAUAUAAUUAGAUAACGCUUCAAGUUAUUCAUUUUAAGAAAGAUAAAAACAGUAAUUAACCUGUAAUAGAAAUAAUAGUAAUAAAUAUCCUUUCAUAUUGCAAAAUGUGCUAAUUAAUUACACCCUGUAUAUCAUGUGUUGAGAAGCCAUAGAUAAAUGAAUGUUGAAAAACAAAACAAAAAUGGCAGCGUUAGCAGGGAAAGGUUGGAAUUACGUUUCAGGUGUACCAGAAACUGAGGAGCAACAAAAAUAUCGUUUUCAGGUAGAAUUGGAGUUCGUUCAAUGUUUAGGGAACCCAAAUUAUUUAAAUUUUUUAGCACAAAGGGGUUAUUUUAAAGACAGUACAUUUGUGAAUUACUUGAAAUAUCUGCUAUAUUGGAAAGAACCAGAAUAUGCAAAGUAUUUAAAAUAUCCUAUGUGUUUAUACUUUCUGGAUCUCUUACAAUACGAACAUUUUAGAAGAGAGUUAGUAAACGCACAAUGUUCUAAAUUCAUCGACAAUCAACAAAUUCUACUGUGGCAGCAUUAUACUAGGAGAAGAAGUAGAUUAUUAACAACUUCUACGGUAAAUGGUAACAUGGAACAAAAUAACAGUUUGCAGAAUAGUCAAAGUAACGGGCUGAUGAAUUCAAAGAUAUCAUAGAAGUUUAUAGUUUUAUAGAUUUAUUUAUAAUUUUUUUUAAUAUGGAAUUAUUUAAGUAAUUAUAAGUCAUUAAAAUAUUUGCUUAAAUAAUGUAUUUACAGUAUUUUUCUUAUUAAAUUGUUAAUCACCUCAUACAUUUUCAACUCUCAAAUAUAUACAGAAUACUAUACAGAAUUUUUUUUCAUUUGUUAAUAAAUGUUUUUUCCUUUGA